CUUGAUUAAAGUAGUCAAUGAUAAAAAAAUUGUGCAAAUUUUUCAGCUUAAUUCAAAAAAUUGUCAAAUUAAGACGCAAAUUGUAAAAUCUUAAUAGACUAAUCAUGGAAAAUUGUGAAAAUAACAAGGAGGUUCUUCAGAUGCUGACAAAAGUGACGAAUUUCGUAAUGGAAUGUGAGAAAUUGACAAUGGAGAAUGAUCAAGUGAAAUUCGAAAAUGAAAAUCUCAAAAAUCGAUUGGAGGAAGCGGAUAAAAGGAAUCAGCAAAUCAAUUAUGAAUUGCAGCAACGAGACAAGACCAUCGCUUUGAACAUCAAGACAUUGAAGCAAAAGGAUAUAAUUAUUGACGAUAAGAAUGAAGAAAUAAAGCAGAUCAAUUUAGUAAUUGGAAAAAAUGACGAAAAAUUAGAACAGCUUGAAGAAGUCAUCGCUGAACAAAAAGAAUACAUCCUUGACUUGAAUGAUAUUGUUGAUUCAAAAGAGCUUACAAUCAUUAAAAAGGAAGACUUGAUAGACCAAAAAAUCGAAAUCAUCAAGAAUCUGGAACGAACAGCAGUUGAAUUAAAUCAAAAGAUAACAGCAAUGGAAAAAUCGAUUGAGAAGCUUGAAGAAGCUGCUAGGAAGAAAAAAAAUAAAUUAAAGCGAAAGACUUCAGGAAGUGAGACGCACGCAAAUUACUUAAAAGCUUGUUAUAACAAUUCGGCGACUCGAUGCCAAGUUUUGGAGCAGAAAAUCUCAAAUUUGGAAUAUUACGUAAGCUGUCUUCAUGCUGCUCUUGAACGAAAUUACAUUUUUGAGGAUGCUGUUGCGUUUCUUGAAAAUGAUCAAACUGAAGACUCUCCAAUCACUGAGGCAACUGAUGAACAGUCUAUGGCUGUAACUGAUGUUGAUGACAAGAGUGAAGUUCUGUCUGAUGAGAGUGUUGAUGACGAUAAUGAUUGCAAGAAGAAUGAACUAAUUUCUUCAGAGGAUAGAUUUGCUGUUUAUUCAAAUAUUUAUGAUGAAAAAACUACCGAGAAAAGCUGCAAGUCCAAGAUAUCACCAAAGAAGUCGUUUGAAAAAAAGUCAAAGAACAAGAAAAUCACAAAGCCCAAAAAGAAGAAGGUUAAGUUUGCACAGGUUGUCACUGUGGCUUUUUUCUGAAAUAGUCGACGACAAGCUUUUGUGCAAGGGGAAAGAACUGUGAAAUCUUCUCACAUUCACCUGUAUUUACAUGCAUUUUCCCUCAUUUCAUGUAUUUACCUGCAUUUAAAUGUACAUACAUGCAUAACCAUGCAUUUACAUGUAUUUUACCGCUAUUAUCAAUUAAGCGAUGGUUUAUAUUCAUUUAUUUUUAAAAUAGUAAUUUGCAAAGAUUUUAUUAAUUUUAAAAGCUGUUUCAUGACGUAAAGACACCUUAACAUUGUUUACGUCAAUUUUGACUUGAAUUUUCUAUAAAUUUUAAUAGUGAA